UAAAGACGUGUUUAUGUUGUAUAUGUAUUUUCUCAAAUAUGACGAUUAUUUUUGUGGGAGUUGUUGGAUUUAAAUGUUUUUAGAACGCUAACCAACCACUUCCGCAUUAGCUGAGUUUUCCAGUUUUAGGAGUGUCCGAUUAUUCUUUGCCAUUCUGUCAGGUCAAACAAGUCUAGCAGCAAACACCACAGUGAAACAGCAGACGUUUUGAAUGUAACUUUGCCUUUUUGAAUCACAGAUUUGAGCAUGGCUUCAGACGGGUUAGGAGUGCCAUCAUUUCCAACAGAGGACCCGAGAGAUGAUGGGACCCACCUCACAGACACACCCAGUCCAGAGGCAGGGGUCCCCGCUGACCCUCACUCUGGCAAAGACACCCUAAAAGCCCCAGCAGAGUCAGCAGAACAGGCUGGAGUCAACAUUUGCCAAUUUUUCCUGAAGGGAAAGUGUCAUUUUGGCCACAGAUGUCAUUUCUCUCACAGUAACACAUCAAUAGCUGAUUCAGGGGCUGUCUCAUCUGACCCAAGUGACAAACAAGAUGGAGAAAAGAUGGAAAAACACAAGAACAAAGUGAACAAAGCAACAAAGCCAAAAUAUGAGGCAAAAGAGGUGAACAAAAAGCCUCGCAUGCGCACAGCAGAUGACGUUAUCUCUCGGAUCCUGUGGGACCCAUCUGCGGAUGGAUCAGAAUUUGUAGUGGGCUAUGUUGAUCGCUUCCUUGGUGUGCUGGAGCGUCCCUUCAAUGACUUCAACUGGGACACUGACCCCUGCGACUGUGAUUACUCUUCUGAGCUGGCCCUGCCCAGACACAGGAUCCAGUACUUCACCUACAGAGGGCACCGCGUCUGGGACCGCCACAGCAGGACUGACAGGGUGUUUGGCUCCACCGGUCAAUCUCUGGCUCCCCCCUUUGGAGAGGAGGAGGUAGUAAAGGAAAUAAACACAGAAGGCCAAGACAGGCUUAUAACAGAAGAUCAGCCACCUGCUGUCCGUGGGCAGGAAGGGAGUGAAACAGACGAGUGUACUCAUACUGAGAACACACAUCUGGAGGAAGAGAAGCAGAGUGAAAUGAAUACUCACACCCCUGACUCAACACAACCCGCUCCAAAGUGUCAAGGAAACACUUCUCUGGAACAACUGGAAUCACAAGGAGCAUGUGUUUUGGAGGAGGCUGCAAUGAGACCUACGGCUUCAACAAACCAAAUGUCCUUAUCCCAAAAAGAGGGCACAAGCGUAAAAAAAGAGGGUGCAGAAGAGACUGAAUGGCAAGAAAGCUGGGAAAAUAAUGAAGAUGCUUCGAGUUACCUCGGAGCAAUGAACAUCAGCCAGAAUCCAUCAGCACCUCUGGAGCAGAGAGAGGAGAAGCGUGGUGUUGGUCGCCCCCCUAAAAAACGACCCACGCACUUCAUCACCUUCAAGGCCAACACUCCUGCUAUCCUCUCCUGUUUCCAGCAGCUGAAGGAGGAGAUCACCUCCCUUCUGCCCUCCUCUGCCCCUCACUGGCAGACCGCCCCCAGCCUCCAUGUCACUAUGUGCCUCCUGAAUUUGCCCGGCCCAGCUGAGGUAGCCGCUGCUGGGGAGAUCCUGCGACGGUUUGCCCAUUUGGAUCGUAACCCGCCGGUGUCUCUGACCUUCCCUGUGAGGCUGAAACAUUUCAAUGGGAAGGUGCUGUUCCUGAGCCCCCAGCCUCAGCUUCACCUCCAGCAGCUCAACAGUGGCCUGCUGGAGGCCUACAGGGAGGAGGGCUUUCUCCACAAGGAUUCCUACAAUCCGCGCUACCACCUCACACUGGCCAAGGUAGAGGGCAUUGAGGGAGACAGGAUUUUUGAAGGGGUGGGGGACCUAAAGGUGGGUAAGAGUUUAAAUUUUGGCCGUCUGCCAGUAAACACCUUACACCUUUGUGCCAUGGGAGUUUCCAAAGUGGAUGGUUUUUAUCAGACCGUGUGCACAGUAACUCUUCGAUAAUAGAAGAGUGGGCCAUUUCACAUGCACACACUACAGUACAUA